AUGUCGAAAGGAACAGUCCUCAUUACUGGAGCUUCCAGCUUUGUCGGUGCUCAUGUUCUGGAGCAGUUUCUCUCUGAGGGUACUCCGGUCAGGGGAGUCGCUCGUUCUCAGUCUUCAGCAGAUCGCAUUCUUAAGAUGAACGCUCAAUAUGCUUCACUUCUAAGUUUCGUCAUUGUACCGGAUAUUACGGCUCCAGGAGCCUUCGAUGAUGCAGUUAAAGAUGUUGAGGGAGUCAUCCACAUCGCUCCCCCAUUUACCAUCGACAUUAAAGACAAUGAGAAAAAUUUGCUUAUUCCUGCGAUCGAGGGCACUACUCAAAUACUAGAAUCGCGAGGCGGCCAAACCGUGUUUUGUACCUCCAAGGCGCUGGCUGAAUCAACUGCCUGGAAGUUCGUUGAAGAAAAACAGCCUCGAUUUACCAUCUCUGUCAUCAACCCACCUGUUAUCUACGGCCCUAACCACCAUUACAUAGUUAAUCUCAGUGAGCUCAACACUUCAUCCGGCAUGUUCUAUUCUCUUAUGAACGGCUCUCGCACUGAAGUACCACCAACCUCGACCUGGGCCAUUGUCGAUGUGCGAGAUGUUGCUCUUGCUCAUAAGAUAGCCUAUUAUAAACACGAGGCAGGUGGCCAGCGAUAUCUCACCACACUGGGCAUCUUUAGUUUCCAGCAAAUUUGUGACAUUCUGCGGGAAGAAUUCCCCGAGCUUCGCAACCGCGUCCCAAUUGGCAACCCUGGGGAGCCGAUCCCUGACGUUUACAAUGUGGAUAACACAAAGGCGAAAUCAGAGCUGGGCAUAGACUUUAUCUCACUGCGACAGAUGGUUAUUGACACUGCCAAGAAUUUUUUGGACAUUGAAAAACGUAUCGCCGCAUCUGCUUAG